UAACGAUUCUAGUGACCGAAAAAGAUUCUAAAUACGUAACACCCCCUAAUUUAUUUCAACCCUAGACCAAGCAGAAAUAAAUCAACAUCUAAUGGAAGUGUGAAAAUCUACCAUCACUGAUCAACCAUCUUUAAGGUUUCAAGGCUGAAAGCAAAACAAAUCUCUGCACGCUUUUCAAUGCCUCAAAAGUUGAUCUCAUCAAAACGUGUUCUUGGGGACACGUCAUGGACAAAAAGAAUUUCCAUACCGAAGUUGUUCACACGAGCCUUCAACAAGGUUGAUAGCACCGUUAAGCAUAAACAAAACUUUGAUAGAUUUCUGAUUAGGGAGAAACCCCUUUCCAACGUUAAUACGAGUGCUCAAAAACAUGAUCACUAUUACUCACUUGCGGAAGAUUUUCUCGAGAUUACACCUCGGAAGACAAUUGGAGAAUUGAAGGAAUGUAAAGAGGAUGGUGAUUAUGCUGUGUAUGGUAUAAUUAUGGGAGUGAUUGGUGGACCUGAUUGGUUUGUUGCUCAAUGUAGAUGUGGCACUGAAGUUGUUCUGAAGUUUGGGUCAUACUAUUGUAAAAAGUGUUCAAAGCAUGUUGAGAAUAUUAUUCCAAGGUAUAGAAUUAAGGUGAAAGUUAUUGAUUCCUCAGGGAGUGCAACCUUUGUCAUAUUUGAAAAGCUUGGAUGCCUUUUGCUCCAUAAAUCCUGCACUGAGAUUUUGAAAUCUACUGAAAAUGGUGAUUUUGACUUAACACAACUCUCAGAAUUUCAACGUAUGUUAUGUGAUAGAUCAUUCGUUUUUAAGGUUGAGGUUAAGAAAAAUUGUUUCACUCCGAAAGAACCAGCAUAUGAUGUUGUUGAGAUUUGUUUUAAUGAUUCCAUCAUCACCAAGUUCAAAGAGAAGGAUCCUGGAUUUUUUGAUAAUAAGAUUGACUUGACAGCUAGCAUAUCCCAGAGCUUAUGAAGAGUUAAAAUUUAGAUUUCCAAAAUGUUCAACGCUUCUCGUGUUAAGCCUUGAUGAGUCGAUAUAAUGAUGUGGAUGGAUCACAACACUGUCAAUCACUCAAUUUCGGGUACAAUGAAAUUGAGGCUACAACAAAAGGAGAAAUGUCAACCAAGAAGAUGAAAUGUGUUAAGAUUGGGAAGGGGUGAAAUUCUUACUGGGGUUUAGGAUAAUGUGGUCUCUUUCUAUUUGAAAAUAAUUAUGCAUUAUUCUUAGUUAUUAUGUUUUGGUGUUGGUGACAGACACAAUAAAGACAAUUUUUCUUUAGAUUGUUCAUACUAACUUGACCCAAAAUAAUGUCUUUUGAUUCAUAGUUUAUUUCCUUGGGCACUGCCAUUAAGGACAGACUAUAAAUCAGAAGUUUUUGUCAAACACAACAAAUACUCCACAAAGUCUCAACAAACACAAAAAAUUUGCCGAUAUACAAAAUAAAACAAGCAACUCAUACACAUAUCACCUAUAAUCUUAUUAAAUCAAAUUUCCAUGAGCCACUGCACUCCACCUGCAAAAACGGCUUUAUGCCCCCUUUUAGUGUCAACUUUUGCUCUUGUCUCCAUCCAAAUCUCACCCAUUUGCCUCUAAUACUCCUUACCAAUAUCAUGAGAGUUGAAAACAUUAUUUUUGUCAAUUGGAAAUAAGUAUUA